AUGUUUCAGAUUCACUCGUUUCUGUCCCGUCGGGGGGAUCCUAGAGACGCGGCUGUCGCAGGAAGCUUAGUCGGUUUGAUUCUCAUUCAGGGUCCUACGGAGUAUCAUGGCUGCUGCUGGUGGCGGUUUUUGGUUUUUCCCCUUUUCGGUGUCCGCCGCCCUGAUGUCAAUGUCUCAUGUGUCGUGCACGUCUUGUCUGGGCUUGUCUUGUCUCAGGGAUAUCGUCGGAAAUCCCCGCAAAUAAGCAGUAGUAGUGUAGGAGGUAGAUACUCCGUAGGUGGCUCUUCCUCCCCCCUCCCUCGGGUGGUGGUAGUACAGAGUUUGGAGUACAUCCACCGCGCACAGAUGUAUGCUGUCAGAAAAGCAUCUAGAACGAAACAGGACAUUGCACUGGCGCUUGGAUAA